AUAUCGCGUGUGUAUAUAUAUCCAACGAUUCUGUAGCUAUCUUUGGAUACUUUCAACUACGCCCAAAAUUUUCUCAACACUGCUUAUCAUUAAUUAUUAUAUUCCUUUAUUAAAUGGCGCCGGCGGAGAAAACAACCACCAAUUCAGUUACUGAAAUUCGCCGCCACGCCUCCAUUGAGAUUUCCUCCGCCGCCAUAAAUCCAGUCUCCGAUCACGGCGGCGGCGGCGGUGCAACAGUUGUAGAAGCUGCGCCGCCACCACUUGCUGGUACCAAAACGCAGACCUCCAAUAAUCAUAUGGACGAGAAACUGAGGGGAGCAAGAAGUGGACAAACUUCAACAGUAAUGGGGGAACACCGUGAUUCUCAAUACAUAGGCAUCAAUGAAGGCCCUUCCCCUAGACCAAACAAUCACGGGAAAAAAAUCUCCGUUUUACCCCUCGUAUUCCUCAUAUUCUAUGAAGUCUCCGGCGGACCGUUUGGUGUGGAGGACACCGUCAGAGCCGCUGGACCACUCCUUGCUCUCGCCGGAUUCUUGAUUUUCCCGCUCAUCUGGAGUGUUCCGGAAGCCCUAAUCACCGCCGAGAUGGGCACAAUGUUCCCGGAGAACGGGGGGUACGUGGUGUGGGUUUCCUCCGCUCUAGGGCCGUUUUGGGGAUUUCAACAAGGGUGGAUGAAAUGGCUGAGCGGAGUCAUCGACAACGCCCUUUAUCCGGUUCUUUUUCUCGAUUAUCUCAAAUCGGGAAUCCCCGCCUUGGGCGGCGGUUGGCCAAGAGUCGCGGCGGUUUUAGCAUUGACGAUCGUUUUAACCUACAUGAACUACCGUGGCUUAACUAUAGUCGGAUGGGGGGCCGUACUUCUUGGUAUAUUCUCGAUUUUGCCCUUUGUGGUAAUGGGCUUUAUUUCAAUCCCAAAAUUAAGGCCUGAGAGAUGGUUAGUUGCUAAUGUUCACAAAGUCGAUUGGAAUUUGUAUUUAAACACUCUCUUUUGGAACCUCAACUAUUGGGAUUCGAUAAGCACUUUGGCCGGAGAAGUGGAAAACCCAAAAAAGACCCUCCCGAAAGCUCUUUUUUACGCAUUGAUCCUCGUGGUAGUAGGGUACUUCUUCCCGUUGCUGACGGGGACAGGGGCGAUCCCACUUAACCGUGAGUUGUGGACCGACGGGUACUUUGCUGAUGUGGCGAAGGUCUUAGGUGGGGCCUGGCUGAGCUGGUGGGUGAGAGGGGCGGCGGCAAUGUCGAAUAUGGGCAUGUUCGUGGCGGAGAUGAGCAGCGAUUCUUUCCAGCUGUUAGGUAUGGCGGAGAGAGGGAUGAUUCCGGAAUUUUUUGCGAGGCGGUCACGCUACGGUACCCCUUUAGUCGGGAUAUUGUUUUCUGCUUCGGGUAUAGUUCUUCUUUCUUGGCUGAGCUUUCAAGAAAUAGUGGCGGCUGAGAAUUUCUUGUAUUGCUUUGGGAUGAUUUUGGAGUUUAUUGCGUUUGUGCGGCUCCGAUUUGUGGCCCCACACGCCGCCCGGCCCUACAAGAUUCCAGUGGGGCCAUUCGGAGCGGUGGCAAUGUGUGUUCCUCCGGCGAUUUUGAUCGGAGUCGUGUUGGCCUUUUCUUCGGUGAAAGUGAUGAUUGUGAGUCUUGUUGCGGUUAUGGUUGGGGUUGUUUUGCACCCUUGUUUGAGGCAGAGUGAGAAGAGGAGGUGGCUUAGGUUUUCGAUUAGCGAGAAUCUUCCGGAUAUUCAUCAUACUUCUGUUCGUGAUAAUGACACUUUGGUCCGAUGAUAAACGCGUUUGGAACUAAGCUUUAUAUUAUAGUAGCAUUUGAAGGGAAACUAGGGGAUGGUGAUUCUUGUUCUUGUUGUUGUAGCUAUGUAGAUAAUUGUGAUGUGCUUUAACUGUUGUAACUUUUGUAGACGUGUUUUUUUAUUGUGCGGUUCGCUUCUGUCUUUGGUGGUCAUGUAAUUUUAUUUGUGCUCGGGUUUACUCUUGUGGAUCUUAUUUCUUUUUUGUAUCGCUCAAACGUUUAUCGUU